GAAGAUCGAAAUGACUGUGUGAAAGUGGAAACACUAUUUUUGUCAGUGAUGAUGAUGCAACUGUUUCCUCUGUCACAAAGCUGCUGUGGUUAUUCCUGAUAACUGCUGUACAUUGUACUUUGACCAAUGUCACUGCAGGUUGUUUCAUGUGUUUCUGUCAGUCAGUGAGGAUUACACUUCACUGUCCUGCAGUUACAUCAACUGCCAUCACCUGUUGCUUUUGACUUCCCACAUCUGGAUUAACUCUGGGAAAAGACAGACUGUUUCUGUUUUGGAGGAUCUCCACUGCCACCAUGUCAACAUCUGUACAGGUAGAGCCAGUCAUGGAGAUAAAGUAUGGAGGAGUUGGCCGCUGCAAAUGCUCGUUCUGGUUCGCAGUGGCCCACGACAUACUCGGCGUCUUCAUCAUGAUGGUGGGGGUGUUUGGCGGGCUGGUUAUCCACGAUUUGUUCAUCUACAUGGGGGCUAUCAUCAUCUUCCUCAGCCUGAUCUGGUGGGUGUUCUGGUACUCCGGGAACAUCGAUGUGCCACCCGAGGAGCUGGAGGACGACGUGGGCCUCAUCAAGCUGAAGAACCGUGGACUCAGCCGGGUGGUGAGGCGUGUGUCCGACCGCUUCUCCAAUGGGAUCAGGAACUCUUUCCGAAAGAACAGCAGGCCCAUCAGAGAGGGACCCGCAGGCAACAACGGACUUUCAAACACUGGUACAGAUGUGUCGCUCUCCACUAUCUAUGACCGCACCAUCGCCUCGUCAUCUAAAGAACCAGUGAGAGAGACAUUGUCAAUAUGAAAUAACCCAUUACAGACUGUAAAUGACACCAAGAGACACUGAACUUGGAUCUUUAUAUUUGAUUUCUUUGCUCGUCAGUUUAUUCUGUUGUGAAAGGGAUUUUGUGUUUGCUCUGCUAACAUGCACUAGUAAUGAUUAGACAACAGUGAAGUCUCUGUCUCGAUAAGAUCCACAUGUUAUUAUCUAGCUGAUAAGAUGUAAACUUUGCACACUUUAACACCGCGUUGCAAAUGGCUCUGAUUUCGACCACAGCAUUCAAAUCAGUCACUAUUUUGUUAUCAGUCACGUUUGGUUGAUUCACAGGUUCUGCAGAGUAGGGAUGUGGUGACUGUAAAUAGAAAAAUAAAAGAGAGAGAUUUGUUAUAAUGAAGCUGAAUCUUAUUUUGAUGAUAUAUGACCAGAACAUUUAUAGCUACUUUUUUUUGUAAAAGGACACUAGUGGAAAUGAACCAAAUGCAGCUACAAUGAUAAAUUGCACCGUUUUUACUUAUUUAUUUUACUAUAAAGGUGAAUUUAAACUUUAUAAUGUCUAUUGUAUCACUCGUCAAAAAAAGAUAAAGUACACCGAAACAUGUCGGUAAUUUUAAAGAUGUUUGUAUUUUAUUUCAAUAAACGCUUUCUAUUCGAAAU